AAGAAAAGCUCCCAGCCUCCCACCCUCUUAUUUUUACAUUGAUUUAGCUAGUUAGUGCUAAUGUUAGCUUUUACAAGUGACCGACGUCCUUUGAAAAUGAUGCUUGUUAUAUGUGUUUAAAGAAUCGGACGGUCGUAUUUCGCGUCGUUUCAGUUCUUUGUGUCUAGAAUGUGCGUAAAAAUGUUAGAAAUAGUCUGCGUUUAAAAAUAUUUUAAACAAGCUCAAUGGUUGCACUGUCUGGCGUUUUGGCUUCCUUUGUCAGUUUGACUUCCGUUUACAUUUGCGACUACAUAGCAGCAAGAUAGCUACUAGUAGCUAGCUCAGUGACUAACGUGAGCUCGCUAACGUUAAAAAGAAACCCUUGGAACUGAAAUUGGCCGAAUAAAUAUUUUGCUAAGAAAUACCGUAUUUGCAGUUCAAUAAUAUAAACACAACCCACAUUUGUAGUGUAUAUCGGAAUGAAAUUUUCAGUCAGCUAGCUAGCACUAACGCUAUAGCGUGAACAAUAACAAACAGGACUGCAUAACAUUAGUCGUAUUGCAAGAUGACUAUUUUGGCUGAAUAAAUGAGAGAAAUCGCUGACUUCUGCCAACGCGGACUGUGCAACGUUGGCUAGCUAGCUAUAUUUAUUCCCUGUCGCGAGUAUAUGAGGCGUGUCGUUGAUUCAAAGAACCUUAGCCAGUUUUUCAAUCUCGUUUAAAGACCGCUUGCUAGUAAAUUAGUCUUAUACUUGUUAUAAUCGUAUUAUUGUGUUUUAUUCUAAACUGUACGAAUUUACAAACUUCCCAUUGAAGCUGGUUUGUUGCAAUAAUGUUUCGUUAUUUAAGUGAUGUGGACGAGAGCCCAUACGUGAUGGACCCCUUCGCAGCCCACAGGCAGCAGAUGCGCAGCCUGUUUGGGUCCUUUGGCUACGAGCCCUUUCCCCUGACCCCCCAGAUUCAGGCGCCCCGCAGCCCCCACCUCCAGGCCGGUGCCAUGGCCCCCUUUGGAAUGGCUGGAAUGGGCGGAGGUUUCAUGGACAUGUUUGGGAUGAUGGGAGGAAUGAUGGAGAAUAUGGAGAGGAUGUCCGGCUCCCCUAGCUGUCAGACCUACUCUUCCUCCACCGUCAUCUCCUACUCCUCCACAGACUCCGGCGCGCCCAAGGUGUACCAGCAGACCAGUGAGCUCCGGACUGCGCCUGGCGGGAUCCGGGAGACGCGCCAGGCCAUGCGCGACAGCGAGAGCGGGCUGGAGCGCCUGGCCAUCGGGCACCACAUCUGGGACCGGGGCCACGUGAUGGAGCGGUCCCGCAACCGCAAGACCGGCGACCGCGAGGAGAGGCAGGACUUCAUCAACCUGGAAGAGAGUGAGGCUGCAGCCUUUGACGAGGAGUGGAGGAGGGAGGCAGGCCGAUACCCACCUCCGAACGCCCGGGGGCUGGACUACGGUCGCGACAGAAGGGCAGGGGGCGCGGUUCAGCAGCUGGCCCUCGCUGCCCCGCCCGACUCCUCUUCCCCAGCUGUCCCCCACCACGAGUCCCCGAGACACCCCCCACCUCCCCCCCGCCUCCGCUACGACUGGUGACGGGGAACAG